GAGACAGGAACGCGUAAUCCUCAGCGUGCUCCAUCCCGACAGCAUCCUUCCACGGCUCCGCAGGGCAGCAAGCCUCUGGGCAUCAGCCUCUCUGCUCCGCGGAAAAGCCUGAUGAAGUCCUCCGAUAUCGAUCAGGAUUUAUUUACAGACAGUUACUGCAAAGUGUGCAGUGCACAACUGAUAUCCGAAUCCCAGCGCGUGGCCCAUUACGAGAGUCGAAAGCAUGCAAGCAAAGUCCGACUGUAUUACAUGCUUCAUCCCAGGGACGGUGGGUGUCCUGCCAAGAGGCUCCGGUCAGAAAAUGGAAGUGAUGCCGAUAUGGUGGACAAGAACAAAUGCUGCACACUCUGUAAUAUGUCUUUUACCUCAGCGGUGGUGGCUGACUCACAUUAUCAAGGCAAAAUCCAUGCCAAAAGGUUAAAACUGUUGCUAGGAGAGAAAACUCCACUAAAGGCCACAGCCACCCCCCUGAGCUCACUUAAGCCUCCAAGGGUGGACGCUGCUCCAGUGGUCGCAUCCCCCUAUCAAAGAAGAGAUUCAGAUAGAUACUGUGGGCUCUGUGCAGCCUGGUUUAAUAAUCCUCUGAUGGCCCAGCAACAUUAUGAUGGCAAGAAACACAAAAAGAAUGCAGCAAGAGUUGCUUUAUUAGAACAACUUGGGACAACUCUGGAUAUGGGGGAACUAAGAGGUCUGAGGCGCAAUUAUAGAUGUACCAUCUGCAGUGUCUCUCUAAACUCAAUAGAACAGUAUCAUGCCCACCUGAAAGGAUCUAAACAUCAGACCAAUUACCACACACAAGCAUGGAAGGGAAGACUACUAGUAGAGAGUACUAUGAUGAAUUUUGAAAAAGAGAGCAUCACUUCUCUGGUGGGAUUUAAUAAAUAUACAUGA